AUGCACAUCAAAAUCAUCACACAGACAAAGUCUGAAGAUGCAUCUCGAAUGCCUCCGAGAAUUCUUCUAUCCAGCACAGGCACUGAGAUUCCUUUAGAGGCAAAGACUGGUCACAGCCACUUCAGCAGAAUCGUCGAAGAGAUUCUCGCAUGCUGGAUCAAAUGUAAUCUUGUCGUCCAGAGCAUCCUUCGACAUGCGAAGCAUGUGGGCGCCUCAAAACAUCCGCCUGAACCGUCAAUGACCUGGUCCUGUCCACUCCUGGCCAUAGAAACAAGCCUACCAGGUUGUAAGGCUGCGACGAAUGAAAUAAUCUCAUGGAUCAAGGACCCUGUUGGCUUCCAGGUACGUUCGACAGGAAGCGGACAGUCGAAGCUUACCGUCGUUGGUAUGGCAGGUCGCUUGCCAGGAACGCCACAGACACUGAGAAGUUCUAGGAUCUGCUUGAGAAAGAAUUGA